CAAAACGGAGUACGAGUAUAAAAACUAAGCAGUCGCGAGUUCAGGCAUCAGUCAACUGUGUAGAUCACAUCGGUGCACUGGAAACAUGAGGGCUUCACUGGUGUGUUGCAUAGCCCUAGCGGCGUUAGCGUACGUUAGCUGCAGAACUACCCGAGAGAAACGCGAUGCCGAUCUGGAGGUAGCGGCCAGCCAUCAUGGCGGCAAAUGGGAUAAGGGUGGCGGCCACGAACACCACGGUGAGCAUCAUCACGACCAUGGUGAAAAGGGACACAAAGGUUAUAAGGGACAUCACCACCACGAGCACGGUAAAAAGGGCCACCAUCAUCACGAAGGGCACAAGGGCCAUCACGAUGAACACGGCGGACACAAGAAGCAUCAUCAUCACGACGAUGGUCAUCAUCAUGAGCACCACCAUGGCGAGAAGGGUCAUAAGGGCCAUGGUCAUCACGAAGAAGGUCACUACCACAAAGGACACUCCACUAAAGGACAUCACGGCGUGCAUAAACACGACGAGUUCAAGAAAGAGAAGCACUUCCAUGACCAUCACCACGACGGUGGACACCAUGAGCACCAUGGCGGACAUCACGAAGAGCAUGGACACAAGAAGGGAGGUGAAUUCCACAAGGGACACAAGCACCAUGGACACCAUGAACACGAGCACGGCAAGAAGGGCCACCACGAGGAAGGAGGACACCAUCAUGAUCAUAAGGGACAUCAUGAGGAAGAUGGUCAUCACCAUCAUCAUCAUCAUCACCACGAUCAUGGCAAGAAGGGCGGCCAUGAGCACCACAAGCACUGGGGACACAAGAAGGGCCACAAGUAAAUGUUUCUCUGAGACUGAUACCUACCGAUGCGAGUUAAUGAAGUCUUUAUUUAGUUAUAUCUAAUUAAGCUUUCA